AUGCCGCGGUCGCGGAGCAGUGUCCGACGCGAGAGCGGGAUCCUCCGCGCGGGACCACGAGGCCUUCCCAGCAGCCAUUUCUCAGGCGUCGGCUGGCACAUGAACGACCGUGUCUCGUCCGUCAUCGAGUUCAUGACGCACCCGACUACACUUCGUCGGCUAUCCACGUCCUUGCAGCAGCAGAUUUCGGACCUCAAGACGCGGCUCUACAAGGCGCUCAUGCGCUUUCCCGUGCUUCUGUUCAUUUCGACCGUCCACUCGGUCUCCCCCGGCUUCUACUUUGCGUUCGCCGUCCUCCAUGCUGCUGCGAUCGUCCAUUACAAGUCGCCGGUCAUACGCACCUUUGUGUCGCUCCGAGACUCAGUCAGCAAGCGCGUUUCGCCGUUCGGCGCCAACGACCCGAAGACCAAGCGCCGCCACGCCGCGCUCGUCAGUGAGGCAUUUGUACUCGGUAGCCAUUUGUGCAAUUUGGUGUCGUUCUCGUACCAAGGCAAGCGCAUGGCGGAUCGCACGACCGACCCGACGCUCUCGUUCGUCUUUGGCAUUGGCGUUGCCACCUACGCGCUCGGCUCGCCGUGGCUGCUCUUUCAAACCAACAGCUUUUUGCGACGCACGUCGUUGCUCGCGUUCAGCUGCGCGUUUGGCUUUCUGCUCUCGACGGUGCUCUCGACACUCCUGUUUCUCUCGAGCAUGCUCGCCUUCUUCCUCGACACAGCGUCUUCGGACGGCAUCAACUAUUACGAGUGGCAGACCAAAAUGAUCCUCUUCAAUCGGUACGUGGUCGUCUCGUCGUUUGGCGACCUCGUCGUGAAGCUCCUACCGCAUGCAACGAGCUACAUGACGCUCGAGCUCCUCGCCCACUCGCUGGACCAUGCCAUUCACAUUCCCGCGGCCAAGCUGCGCCCGAUCCAGGCCAAGUGGGUACCUCCCCAGCGCUUGAACGGACGUCGCACGUUUGGCUUCACGUUUAUUGUCAAGCGAUACCCUAAGCUGUGGGACUUUGACUUUUCCAAACGCUACGCGCUCAAGAGCUACCUCGUUGUCUGUAUGCUCUGGGGCCUCACGAUUGCGGUCGUCGCCGUCACGUCCACGUGGUGCCGCGCGCCAUGUCCGCCCGAGUGCAAGCUCCAGGUCACGUCGUGGUUCUCGUCGUCUUGCGAUUGCGUCUUUUAUCGUCUCAACUGCGCGCAGCAGCAGCUUCUUGGCCGCACGAUUGCCAGCGCGAUCCCGCCGUCGAUCGGCGCAUCGCUCUUCUUCCUCAACGUUGUGCGCUGUGCCCUGCCCGACGGUCCUACCCCCGAGCUCUUUGCGCGCUUCCCAAACCUCUUUGGACUCGCAAUCGAGUUUUCCAACCUCUCCGAGUGGGCAAUACCACCCACGGCGAUACCGCAGACGCUCAUGCAGCUCGAGCUCCGGCAUUCGUCUCUGGCAAGCGUGCCGACGGUGCUGCGCGACUUGGCACCGCUACCGAACCUUCUGCACCUCGCACUCGUGGGCUCGCAGAUUGCGCAUGUGCCACAGAGUGUCUGGGCGACGUGGGCCAAGCAGCUCGUGAGAUUGUCUCUCUCGGAAGCCCGCUUGACGAACGUCAGCAUGUUUGGCACCGCGACGUCGGCGAUCCCGUGGCCACGCUUGGUGCACCUCGACCUCUCGUUCAAUGCCAUCGACGAGAUCCCAAUGAGCGCGCUCAUCAACUGCUCGUCGCUCGAGAUACUGUCUUUAGACCACAACCGCGUCACUGCGCUGCCAAAGCGCCUCGUGCUCGGUCGGCCCGACCUCGCGAUUCAGCUCCGCUACAACCCGCUCGUCUGGGAGACACCAGGCACGGGCGUUCCCGCCAACGUCCAGCUGCGCGGCUCCACAUAUUGCAACUUGACCAAUAACCCGACGAAUUGUGCGCAAGGUAGUUCGUGUGGCUGCAUCGACUGGAUCGAUCUCUGCGACCCAACCUGCUUUACAGAGGCCUGCAACUUUGACAGCGGUGAGUGCGCGAGCUAUGGCUUCAACCAUUCGAAUCCGUUGAUAUGGCCAUAA